AUGGAGGAAAUCGAUCUACGAGCUCAGGCGGCUGCGGAAGUAUACAGUGAGUGGUUCGGGUACCGGUGCAACAAAUUCUUCAAGCAUAUGCUACCAGGCCUAACCGAUGGACAAAGUUUCAGAAGGCUGAAGGAGAUAGAAGAGGACGUCAUCAGCCUAACAAACGCCAAGGAUCCCAACGAAGCCAUGGACCGACACGCAAUAGUAGAACCGCAUGCUCGGCUACCAAAGUUAACCGUACAUAUACGAAAGCUUUCAGAAAGACAGCGAGAUACAGCGCACUCUCCGCGUCUUGAGACCGGUGACGGUCAGAAGCGAGGUGAUACGUCUCCUCUAGCGGAUCCGGUCAUCAACGAAACCGACGAAAGGACAGAUCCCCCUUUCACCGGGCCACUUGAAACCGAUCAACCUGGGAAUUCGGAACCGGCCGUCACAGAAGAAAGAGUAAAGUCUAUCAUUCAAGAGUUUUCCAACUCAAAGGUUCGACCAUGGAAGAGGAAAAUCAAGAAAGCCGCGGUUCAAACAAUUAAAUUGGCCGAAACAACGAGGGAUGACCUUGUGAAGGCAGAUGCCCGAAUCACAGAGAUCGAAGUCAACUACCGUGACGACACGGUUCUGUAUGACGCCCAUCUUAAGCGAACCGUAGACCUGGAGAAUACAACCUCAAAGCUGGUAGAUGACUUGAAACAGUUUCAAGAGAAAACCGAUCAACGGCUCACAAAGGUAGAUGAGGACCUAGGGUGGUCAAGCACCGAAGUUGGUUCGACACUUGACAGGGUCACAGAUCUUGAAAAGAAGAAUGCAAGUCUUGAAGAGCGCAACGACAAGCUUGAAGCCGACCUCAAGGCGGUCACCGAGCAGGUGAAUGAAUUGAUGAAGGCCAAGCUGGCUGCCGAUACAGCGGUUGAGGAAGCAAACGCUCGGGCGGCUAAGGAUAUUAAGGAUGCGUUGGACGAAGAAACGCGGGAAGCCAAGGAGGCACCGCGAUUGUCUGAAGCGGAUUUGGACGAACGCGCACGAAAUAUAACGGCUAGAAAUCCGGCACUUGCAAAGUCCAUGGCAGCUCAAGCAGUCAAGGAUGCAGGGCGGUUAAACACUGAAAAACAAAGGCUCAAAGAAUAUGCCAAGGCUCACAAGAAAAUCACCGAAACAGUUGUUGAAGAAGAUGACUUCGGGGAGGAUCUCGAACCGCGACCUACAAGACAACGAGUUUCCAAUGCGGUUCCAGUCAGAACGGUCUCUCAACCGUUCUCUCUUCACCAGGACACCACGGGAGCAGGAGGAUCUUCCUCAAGACCGGCUCAACCGGCUGAGGACCAAGCGACGGAUGACCUGAUGACAGGUUUCCUGUCAUCCGAAUUGGAAUAG